AUGCUUUCGGCGCCUAUCAACUUGCCCAAGUGGCUUGAGGAAAACUCUCAUCUUUUGCAGCCGCCCAUCAACAACUACUGCGUCUACAAUGAAGACUUUAGCGUCAUGAUCGUCGGCGGCCCCAACGCCAGGACCGACUACCACAUCAACCAGACGCCCGAGUGGUUCUACCAGUACAAGGGCGCCAUGAUGCUCAAGGUCGUCGACGAGGGCAAGUUCCGCGACAUCAUCAUCCGCGAGGGCGACAUGUUCCUCCUCCCCGGCAACACACCCCACAACCCCGUCCGCUUCGCCAACACGGUCGGCGUCGUACUCGAGCAGCGCCGGCCCAAGGACUCGCUCGACCGCAUGCGCUGGUACUGCGCCUCGUGCGGCGAGGCCGUGCAUGAGGCUGCGUUUCACUGCACUGACCUGGGCACCCAGAUCAAGGCUGCUGUUGAAGACUUUAAGGGUGAUAACGACAAGAGGACCUGUGGCAAGUGUGGUGCUUUGGCUGACUGGGCACCCAAGCCGGGGAGCAUCAAGGACCCCAAUCUGGAGUAA